AUGUCGCCCUCAAGAGUCCACCCGGCGUCCCAGCCCGACUGGAACAACCUCGCCGUCCUCCACCGGAACACGCUUCCCCCGCGCGCCAACUUCUACAUCUACAACUCGGCGCAAGACGCGCUGACGUACGACGACACAAAAUCCCGAAUCCACUCUCUCUCCGGCACGUGGAAGUUCAACCCAGCCCAGAACCCCUUCGAAGCCCCAGAAGGCUUCCAAGAUCCCGCCUUCAGCACAGCAGAAUGGGCCGACAUCACCGUGCCCAGCAUGUGGCAGCUGAACGGCCACGGAAGGGGCCCGCACUACACCAACGUCAACUUCCCGAUCCCGGUGGACUCGCCCAACGUGCCGUUUGACGAGAACGAGACGGGGUUCUAUGUUAGCAAGUUCACCGUUCCCGAGGGUCUCAGGGAUUCGCAGCUCCGCCUCAGGUUUGAGGGUGUGGACGCCGCGUUCCAUGUCUGGGUGAAUGGCAGGGAGGUCGGGUAUCAUCAGGGGUCGCGGAAUCCGUCUGAGUUUGAUGUCACGGGUGUGGUUGAUACGACGGGUGAGAAUACCGUCGCUGUGAGGGUCUAUCAGUACUGCGAUGCGACGUACAUCGAGGAUCAGGAUCAAUGGAGGAUGAGCGGCAUCUACCGCGACGUGCGCCUCCUCUUCAUUCAGACCGCACUGGACAGCGAAUACGUAAACGCAGACCUCAAAGUCCGAGUCGACGUAGCAGGCACGGGGAAUCUGAAGGUCGAGCUUUACAACACGGCCAAGAGCACCAUCGUGGCCACCGCCACCAAGUCGGUCUCCGACGGCGCGACCGAGUUCUCACUCCCGAUCGAGAACCCGUCGAAAUGGAAGGCCGAAACGCCGACUCUGUACAACCUUGUAGUCUCUCUCGACGACUCUAGCUUCAUGUCUCAGCGAGUGGGCUUCCGCCACGUCGAGAUGAAGGACGGCCUCACCAAAGUGAACGGCCAGCGGAUCGUUCUCAAGGGCGCCAAUCGCCACGAGCACCACCCAAAAUUCGGACGGUCUGUCCCUUACGAAAUCAUGAAGCAGGAUCUGAUGAUCAUGAAAACGCAUAACAUCAACGCGAUCCGUACUUGUCAUCAGCCGAGCGAUGUGCGAUUAUACGAUCUUGCCGACGAGUUGGGUUUCUGGGUCAUGGACGAAGCUGACCUCGAAUGCCACGGUUUCGAGUCCAUCUGUGCGUAUCCCAUCGCUCAUCAUAAUACCCUCAUAAGCGACAAUCUAACUCCCAAGCAGGCGACGCCGCCCUCUCACCCGAGGAGAGAGCCCUCCCCCUUCCGCGAGCGCCAGCUGCUCACGCGCGCCGAGGCCGCCAAGUGGACGUCCGACAACCCGGACUGGACAGACACCUACGUCGACCGCGCCAUCGCCAUGGUGCGCCGCGACCAGCCGCACCCGUGCGUCAUCAUCUGGUCCCUGGGCAACGAGGCCUUCUUCGGCCGGAACCACGUGGCCAUGUACGAGUGGAUAAAGACGCACGACGACAGUAGGCCCGUGCAUUAG